GCCGUAGGGGGCGUCUGCCAGCUUCAUGAAGCUUCACCGAAGCAAAUGAGUGGACGAGAGCAUUCGAAGCCUUCCGUCAGUUUUGUACUAUUUGCUUCUUUAUUUUGGGAAAAUUUUUGAAUCGCAAAUGUGUGUUUAUUAUGGGACAGAGGGAGUAAACUUUUUCCUUUUUUUUUCUGAAAAUUGGCCAUAAACUUUUUCUUCCCAGCGCUGCAGGCAGUGCUGCUGCUCACUGCUCAGAAACAAGAAGCACUGUGUGUCGAGGCAAGAAGAGAAGCCGGGCCGAGCGCCUCCGAGCGGUGACUGAGAGAGCCAGGAUGGAGCCGCAGCAGGGAGGGGAGCAGCUCGCGUGGGGGCCGACGGGCGCCGGCGCGGCCUGCCUCUGCCCCGCCGCCGUGGCAUCGUCAGCCGCGGGUAACGUGUUCCCCCGCCAGGUGCUGGAGCAGGAGAUGCUGCGCCGCGCCGAGCAGCAGCUGCAGCUGCAGGUCGGCGGCGGCGGCGGCGGCGACCGUCGGAGGGAGCGGAAGAUGAAGAACCGCGAGUCGGCGGCGCGGUCCCGCCUGCGGAGGAUGGCGUACGUGAGCGAGCUGGAGAAGGAGGUGAGCCUCCUCCGCGCCGAGAAAGAGGAGCUCGCCAAGCUCUGCCAGGAGCUCAAGGAGGCCGCCGCGGACGAGGCGCCGGCGUCGGCGCCGGGGAAGAGGGCUGCUGCAGCUCCACGGCGGCUGCAGAGGACGGCGUCCGCGCCGUUCUAGCAAGGCCCCGGCUGGACCGCUAGGCAGCGACGGCCUACGGCUGCCUUUUUUCCCUGUAGCAAUAGCGCAUUUCACUGUAGCAGUACCAGCUGGUGCAGUGCCGUGCUCUCAGUAGCAGCGCCAGCCGCGGCUGGUAACCAGCGAACCGAACAGGGCCGAUCGACAAGGUUUUUGGUGCAGUGUGAAUCGAUCUACUGUCCUGCUGUGUUCAUUUGUUCGUCGAUGAGCAAGGGAGAUUCAUCGAGUGUUGGUAGUAUAGUUAUUAGCUAGUGCUGCAGCAGGUGUAGUUAGCUUGUUCAGUUGUUUCGUCGCUGUUUGUUCUUGUUGCGGCGUCGCCGCAACGUCCGUCCCCCUACGGCGGGGAUGGAAGGGAGGGCUCUGUGCCUGUCUGGACAGAAAUGGUAAAUGCCGGUUCCUGCGACACGCCACGUUUCGGGGAAGAGGCCGAUGAAUGGCGUUUUGUCCUCAUGUUACUUUCACCGUUAA